GACUCUUCCGUGAACCCACCAGCUAAACGAAGACAGCUUCCUGCGAGCUGGGCAGAGCCGGAGAUUAGCAUUAUGAAGACGUCGUCUCGGACGUUUGGCUCGGCGCGGUCAGCAAAUACGACCACGCUCAGAGUAGCCGCAGCCACGACUUCCAAGGCAGGUAGCAAGCCGGGAAAGGUCGUCCUCAGCGCGGAACAGACGCAUAUAUUGAACCUCGCGAAGGAGGGGAAGAGUCUCUUUUACACCGGUAGCGCAGGAACCGGCAAGUCUGUGCUCCUACGUGAAAUCAUCACAGCCCUCAAACGCAAAUACUCGCGUACGCAAGACGCAGUGGCGGUCACGGCAUCGACGGGUCAG